UAAUACUGUAGGCCGUUUUAUCGUGAAUUACCAGCCCGAGACGCGUUAAGCCUCCCCACGCGUCUCCGUCGCACUCUCAACCCACCAUCCCUGUCCCGUUUGUGCGCCUUUUGCACACAUCCCAGAAGUCGCAGUUAAUGUCUGCAGCCAGCAUCGAAGACCAGCAACGACAUCGACAUGGCCUCCUCUUCCCGCCGCAUGUCGCAACCGGCGUCGCUGCACGUCAAUCUGCACUGUCUCCAAUGCGACGGCCAAAUCGGCAUCUUCGACAACGAAUGGACCCGCCUCACCAGUUCCUACGUUCGCCCUGUCCACUCUGGCACUCACUUUGGGACAGAGAUCGCGACCAACAAAACACAAGUCGUCCCUGAAGGCGUCACGCAACGAGCUCUUGAAGGAUGCACUCUCGCCGAAGUGUUCUGCACAAAAUGCUCUGCGGUUGUCGGGCAGUAUUGCAAGGAGAUUCCGGCAGCCGCUCAGAGAAAUAUGUUGAAUCAAUAUCUAUACAAAUUGUCGAGGACAUACCUGAAGAGCAGCGAGACAAAUAAGCGCGUUGAUCCCGUCUUUGGAUACGCCGGAGACGCCGUCAGAUCAGCCGCAAGAUCGAAUGCCACUACCCGGUACUCGCAUACCUCCUUCAGAGAAGAGACACCUCCAAAUCCCCAGCCCAUGACAGAAUCCCAUCGACGAACUUCCGCGCACAUUUCCCCGCAAAACAGCCAGGAGACUCCCCCGUUUCGAAAAGCUGCGGACACAGAUUCUCGCGACUCCGCCAUUUUCCAACGCGCAAUACAAGACACGCGCUUGGAAUCCGAUAAUGGGAGAAUGGCAGAUCAGGGUUCGAAGACCGUGGAGGAUGACGCCCAAUUCCGAACCAUCUCCUCGGUCCUGGAGACCUUUCGAGUGGCCAUAGACGAGAUCAAAACAUCUAUCGAAGAACUGAAGUCGCAAAUUCUGCCUCCUCGCCUCGAUAAGCCUACACAGAUUGACUUCGCAGGCGACAUCCAUACAAUGAUCAUGACACUGAAAUCGGCUCAGACGAACGCGCAAGAGUUAGAAGAACUUCGCGCUGAAAACGCUGCGCUAAGAGCUAAGUGGGAUAUUGUGCAGUCAGCUAUGAUCACCGCAACUGGACAACCAAGCCCGAGCUCAUCAUUUGAAGCCCCCCACAGGAACAGCUUAGGUAAACGCAAACGCGACAGCGACGUUCCAAGAUCAAGCGUGAUGGUACCUCCGGUAGCACCGCAAACCCGAUCUCAUUACUUAGAGACCCUUUCGUCUUCUACACAAAUGCCGACUCCUCAGUCUAGCAACCAUUCCGACGAGCAAUCUGCCGACGACUCCAGCAGCUCGAGAAUAUCCACACCAGAGCAAGGACCAGGCAGAUUAAAGUCUCGCAAUAUACCUGAUUAUCAUGAUCAAGAUACGAUGCAAGAUAAUGUUUCCUCCAAAAAGAUGUCCUCACGGCGGAGCCUUAGGAAACGUCAGCCAUCAAAUCCUGACCGACAUAUGGAAACUGCAAACUCAGUCGUACGCUCUGCCCCUGGCACCAGAACCAAGAACGAUGAAGCUCAGCCACAAGGUGUUGAGGAAGCCAGUGGUCCAAUAGAGACUGAUCGACUGCUUGACAGCAAUUAUGAGCAGUCGAUGGACGUUGGCCAUGUAGAUGUCUCGGAAAUCCAGUCGUCGCUGAGGCAAACCGUUGAGCUUGGCAAUGAGAGUCGGCACCUCUCUUCCACCUCUCUUGAUAUUCCCGGAGAUGAUACUACGAGUCAGAAUGUGGAAUCUUCUAGUGAAGCAUAUGGGGCAGAUGACGCCUCUGCUGAAACUGUGCCUGCCAAGCGAACUCGCAGCAAGACGAAGGCUGUUUCCACCGGAAGAAGGUUCGAUUUCAUCGCCGACAGCCGAAGCGUUGCCCCAGAGCCGGCCGCACUACGUCGUAUCCUUCCACGUCGACUUGGUACAGACCAACAGGCACGUUUUGAACACGCGACGCCGGAAACAAUAGAGCAAGAAUUGAAAGAGCUGGAGAACCCCAAAGGACCCCGAAAAUCCAAGCCUCACAUUCAAACGACCACAAAGAUCCUCAACAAAGAGCUGAAGGAGCUCGGCCUGGAGGACUGGAUUGAGAGAGACAAGGACGAUCUUGAAUACAAAAGAGUGGUAGAAGAGGCCAGGGAGCGCAAACGAGAACAAACGAGAUUGGCCGCUUUAGCGAGCCGUGGAAUCAGCCUCCCAGGAGCCCCUUCAGAAAAUGAACGACCAGAGUCACCCCCCAAUCUACAGGAUGCAUUUCACCAAGCCACUGAUGCUCUAGCCGACGUCAGCAAUGAAAAAAAUGGUGGAAAGCAGAUUUCGAUCAUUACCGUCUCGGCGGCGGCAGCUAGACGGGCAACGGGAACCGGAAUGCGCCGGAAGAGACGUGAACAACGAGAAGAGGAGAUCCGCCGAAGAGACAUACUAGCGAAACAGGCAAUGGAUGGGAAUGACUAGGACUCGACGCUGGGUUUCCAAUGGAGGACACUGAAGCCAACGUGAUCAGGAGACGCAUUUCAAUGAGGCGGAACGCUAGUACUUCAUGGAAUUCGUGGAUCCCUUCAUUGGGCACGGUCAGCUCUGUCCGAGUCUGGAGUGUUGGGAAGACGCAAGCUCUUUGCAUCAGACCUGUUCUCGUGUUUAGGUACGCAUAUUGCGCGUGACGUGCCGCCUUUGAUAGCAACCGCGAUCUUCCUCGUAGCUAGGUAGCCAAGCAAGC